CGGUGGUCUACUGUUUUAACCCUGCAUUUUGCUUCGUUGGAUUUUUUACCUUUUCAGCACGGACAUCGAAUCCAACUAGAAAACUAUCCGGCAUCAUGGCCUCCGCUGAAGUAUUCCCCUACACUUUGACAGUCUCCCUCCCCCUCCCCUCAAAUCGCCUUGCAACUUCCGCUCUUCGUGCGAUUGAAGUCGACACCGAACUCUCCCCCUUCGUCCGACGCGACAUGGUGGUAACCACUCCGAAGGGCAUUCAAGCGGAUACCGAAGGGGCAAAGACUGUACUCGAGACUACAUACCGUGCAACCACCAACCGGAUGCUGCGGGUGGCUGUCAAUGGGUUCAUGGAGAGCCUUGGGGUCGUACUGGGGGUAAUGGAGGAGUUGGAUGUCGAUGUAUUAGAAGCGGAGGGAGUUGAGAAAUGAGCCCAACUCGCAAUGGGUAACAUCUACGUCCCGCUUAGCUGGAAACGGAUACAAUUUGUGCAACAUCCUAUGGCUACGGCGUCCUCCUUGUCGGACAACAAAGCAUACCGGAAUCGCUAUCGGCUGGACGCACUCUUCAGGAGAGUAUGAGUGUGUGGGUAUUCCCCAAUGUCGUAUAACGGGGAACAUAUCGUCGAUGGGAAGAGGCAUGGCGUCCGGGGUGGAUGGGGAAUCAUGGGUGAAUGUUCCUGCCAAGGUUCUACUUGAUGACGCAGAAGCGAGAACCCUCUGUAGCACAAAAUAGCUACGAGGUGCACAGCCUUUUGAAAUGUAUGUAUGCAUGUCUCCAAUUAUGUAUGUACAUACAUGUCUUGUUGUCGGGUUGGUCGAAUAGUCUUGGGAUGUCUGUGUCUGUCGCCGCGAUGUUCGGCAUGCUAGCCUCCAGCUGCUUAGAGAAUCUGCCAUAGGCCAAGAUUUAAUAUAACCGAAGUCAUUUGCGGAGAUUGAGCGGUGAACAACUUCCGGCGGCACAUCGUUGCCAGUAAAGCGAAGUGAAAGACAAUCGUCUCAGGGAAUCGCUGGAUAACGGGAGCCAUGACGCGUGGAAGGUGC